CGUAAAACCGCAAUUUUCAGGUAUUUUUUUCACACUCUCUGACAUAAUGUUGUUUGUCGGACAAUGAACGAACGGUGCAUUGUGAAGAAUCCGUGUAUCAGACAGACCAAACCAACCAAGCGACAUUUUGAUUAUUAUUCCAUUGUAUUGCCAUGUCAGUCAAUAUUGUUUGUGUAAUAUAAAUAAUCACGGGUAACGUCGCAGUGAUGCGUUGUUAAUAAUGUUUAAGGAAUAAGACGUUCAUAACUGAUUCGUAUACGUAGGCAAUAAUUCGCGUUUGAGUUUUCAGUUAUGUAUCACUGUUGGGACGCGUAGCUAGUCUGAAAGUGGUACAGGUAGUGUUAGGAGGGCAUCUUUUGUUUUUUUAUCGUGAUUACUGGGAUUUGUCGGCGGGAUGGCUGUUCCCGAACAGUUCUCGCUUCGCUGGAAUGAUUUCCAUUCGAAUUUGUCACAAUCGUUUCAUGCCUUGCUGGAAGGCGAAGACUUGGUAGACGUGACCCUGGCCGCUGGUGGCCAGUACGUGCACGCUCACAAACUGAUCCUGUCAGUAUGCAGCCCUUACUUCAAGGAACUUUUUAAGAUGAACCCAUGUGAACACCCCAUAGUAAUAUUGAAAGACGUGGCACACCAAGAACUGCGCCAGUUGCUUCAAUUUAUGUACCGUGGCGAGGUCCACGUGCGUCGCCAAGAGUUGUCUGGUUUUCUGCAUACUGCUGAGCUUCUACAAGUGAAGGGACUGACCGGGGGCCGGGAGAGAAGCGAGUCUCCGACUGGUAUGGCCGAGGAGCCCCCAAAGCCUACGCCACAACAACAGGAGAUAGCCGAACAGCCUGCUGAUUGGAACCCCGCGGUGGAAGACACCACCUCCUCGGAGCCUCCGCCAGAACCCACCGACACAGUCACCAUCAAGGAGGAGGCUGCCCGGAGCCCACUGAAGAGAUUACUGAAGAACACCCCGACCAAGAACAGCCACAGCGCCAAGAAGAAGCCGCGCACAAUCAAGGACUCGCCAACUCACCCCGAAAACACCGACUACCCUUACGACGGCGAACCGCUGAUUGACUUCGACAACGACCUGUUUCACAGCGUGCUUGUGCUGCCCGAGUCUGCCAAGGAGUCUGCAGGUUGGAACUGCAAGACGGGGGGCGUAAAGUGUCCGUCGUGCCACCGGUACUUCGCGAACCGGUACAACCUAAAGGUGCACAUUCGGGACAAGCACGACACUCGCGAGGGCACGCUGCAGUGCGACAUCUGCCAGAAGCGCAUGCGCAACCCAUCGUGUCUGCGCGUGCAUAUGUACCAUCAUCGCAAGCAGGCCGCCUACCUCGCGCAGCUGAGCACGCAGGGAGAACCCAUGAAGGUGCAGAACAUGGUCGGUGGAGGCAAGUGGCGCUCCGACUCAUCCAUGAGCAGCGGAGACUUCAAGGAUGUCGAUAAUUUCUCACCUGGAUCUACUCCGGAAUCGAACAAGGCAUUCCUCGCGCAACUUGGGCAAAACGAGGUGAUGAGGCAAGCUUUCUCUACGUCGACACCGGAGGCGAAGUGCGCCCCCGAGGCGAACAACGUGUCCAGCGCCCCCGAGUCGGGCAAGCUUCCUGAAUCCGUGGUCCCCAAGACGGAAGCCGAUUCUGAAACUGUAUGAUGUCCAAUAAACAGGCAUCCUCUCACCUACGACUACGUGGCUCCCGACCGGCUGUACUCUAUCUUCACCGAACAAUCGUACUGGACCAAAAACCUCAUCUUCAAAGUGGGGCGCAAGAAGAGGAAGCGCAACACCGCUAACAGGAACCCAAGUGGGCCCCUCCGGCGCUCAGAGCGCCUCCGUCGCAAACAACUAUCUGAGAUUUAAUUUGUGAUUCAUGAUUGGAUACUCUGCUUUUUACU